AUGGAUCCCUCUCUCCUCAUUUGGAAUUCGGGCAGGCUAGGUACACACAGUACUGACAUAGGCCCGCAGUGGUGGAACGAUCCCCAUGGAUGCAUCUCAUCUCGGGGCGUGACUUGUGCAACUGCUGGUACAUCCAACCGUAACCUAUCUGCAGGUAUAAGUUCUCCAAAGGGAUUCGAGCCAGCGCCAAGUCUACAGCCGGAACUACCUAGGUAUACGUGCACUCGUCCAUGCUCCAAUCUGCCGGGCUCCAUCAAGACGUCCACGGGUGCCAUUACCGUCGAGAGUCUCACCAGCGCAGACGCCCAUCUCAAAUCCGAAACCAUGUCAAAUACGCCUGCCGAAUCAUGGGACUGCCAUGUGCACGUCUUUGAUCCUGCACGCUUCCCGUUUCGCAGGGACCGGGCUUAUACACCAAGUCCAGCCCCAGUAGACAGCCUCCAGGAGAACACACAAUCCACCAGCAUCGUCCUAGUUCAAGCCAGCCCGGAGGAUGGGCACCAUGGCCUCGUGACACAAUUGAGGGAGGCAAGGGAAGACUACCCAGGCACGACCUUUUGCGCCUCCAUCAUGACUGAAGAUACACCAGAGCGCGAUGUGGCUAGAUUCUCGCCUGCGUCGAUAGACGCCUUACAUGCACUAGGAGUGCGGUCUAUACGCCUCCAAGGGAGCUACAACAGCUUUGCAUCUCGUGCAGAUCGGUUGAAGGCGUAUCUCUCGACCCUGGCGAGGUCUUAUCCGGUGAGCACUUGUGGUUGGUCUAUUUCCAUGCAGAUGGACCUCGCAGUCUGGAGCGCCAUCCACGACUUCCUGGCCGACGGCCAAGGCGGCGCCGGCGGCAUUUCCCCUACCGUUAAGCUGGUUGCAGAGCACGGGGCUUGUGCGAGGCCCAGUGAUGUCGGCAGUCGCGAAUUUCAGUCUUUCCUGGCGCUUUUGCGUACCGGACGCGUCUAUGUCAAGAUAUCGGCCUUAUACCGAAGGGCGCCGGGGAAUUUCCGCCUCAUGCGAGACAUCGUCCAAGCUUACGCCCAAGCUGCACCAGAAAGGAUUCUGUGGGGUUCAGACUGGCCUCAUGUGGACGCGUCCAAAGGCGGGCUGGAGCCGACACCCCACGAGCCGGCUGCGGACUGGCGAGCAGAGCUAGACACAAUCCGCGAAUGGCUCACGGAGCAGCAAUUCUUCAAUAUGCUCGUUACAAACCCAGCCCGACUAUACCACUGA